AGAAUUGAGAUAAUCAAUGGAACAAUCAAUCAAGUUCUGCAACCUUCCAGAUGCUUCUACAGACUUCCUUUUGGCGGCUGCAAUGCCAUUAAAGGAUCCUCACGGCUCCAUUCUGCUGCCCACUCUCUAGAUUUUUACGUCUGAUAGUUUUCUUCUGCUCACCCAACUUCUCCUUUCUUCAAUCCUCCUGCAAUCGGAGUUGAAAAUGGCAUCAGAAGGCGGUUCUGCUGAGGCAUCAUCGUUCUUCGGGAGCUCGAGGCACAGAGACAUAUCACGUUUAUUGCCUUUCAUCUUGGGUUUAAACGCAGAUAGAGAAGGGGAAAAUCAGGUCGACGAUUCGCCUUUGCGGAUCGUGCUCGUCAAUCCGAUCACGCAAGGGAUGGUGGUUAUCGAGCGAAGAACGGCGGGCACCGACGGAAGCGACAACGGUUCGUCUUUAGGUUUUGAUUCUUUCUUCAAUGAAUUGUUUUCGAGCAAAAGCGGUCGUCUGCCUGCGACGAAGGCGUCGAUUGAUUCGAUGAGAACUGUGGAUGUCGAGGGGAGUGAAAUUGGCGAUCAGUGUGUUAUUUGCUUGGAGGAGUGGGUGGAUGGUGAUAAAGCUAGAGAAAUGCCUUGCAAGCAUAGGUUCCAUGGGAAGUGCAUAGAGAAGUGGUUGGGGAUUCACGGCUCUUGUCCUGUUUGUAGAUAUGAAAUGCCUGUGGACGAAGGAGGUGAUGAUCAGAAGAGGAGUGGUGGGGAGGGAGAUGGAGAAAGGAGAAGGGAGCUUUGGGUGGGAUUUAUGUUUGGUAGAGAUGGAAGAACUGAUGAAAGUAGAGAUAGCGACUCUAGUGAGAUGGAUGCAUUUCCAUAAGCGAACUCUCGGAUGAUGUUAGGGAACUUUCCAUUGAGCAUCCGUUGUGACCCAACACUUUAUUACCAGCAUCUUUCAAUGCUGAUCCCUCACUAUCUGUUAGCACCGAAAAUGAGGGA